ACAAAAAGAUUUUAUUAUUGUUAUUAUUAUUAUCCCUUUGAAGGCGUAGCAGAGAAGACACAACUUCUGAAACUAAAUGUUCCUGCAACCUUCAUGCUUGUGGCUCUGGAUGAAGGUCCAGGCCCUCCAAUUAAAUACCAGUAUGCUGAACUGGGGAAGCUGUACACUGUUGUGUCACAACUGAUCCGUUGUUGCAACGUGUCCUCACGGAUGCAGUCUUCUAUCAAUGGUAAUCCUCCACUUGCCAACCCUUACGGUGAUCCUAAUUUAUCUCAGCCUAUAAUGGCACUUCAGCAGAACGUAGCAGACAUCUUGUUUGUGAGAACCAGUUAUGUGAAGAAAAUUAUUGAAGAUUGCAGCAACUCUGAAGAGACCAUCAAGUUGCUUCGUUUCUGCUGUUGGGAGAAUCCUCAGUUCUCUUCCACUGUCCUCAGUGAACUUCUUUGGCAGGUUGCCUAUUCAUAUACAUAUGAGCUUCGACCUUAUUUGGAUCUGCUUUUGCAAAUCCUAUUAAUUGAGGACUCUUGGCAAACUCACAGGAUUCACAAUGCACUUAAGGGAAUCCCGGAUGACAGGGAUGGACUGUUUGACACCAUUCAGCGCUCUAAGAAUCAUUAUCAGAAAAGAGCUUACCAGUGUAUAAAGUGCAUGGUAGCGCUCUUCAGCAACUGUCCUGUAGCCUACCAGAUCCUUCAGAGCAAUGGCGAUUUGAAGAGAAAAUGGACCUGGGCAGUAGAGUGGCUUGGAGAUGAGCUUGAGCGUAGACCAUACACUGGCAAUCCACAGUACACCUACAAUAAUUGGUCUCCACCAAUACAGAGCAAUGAAACAUCCAAUGGCUACUUCCUAGAGAGGUCGCACAGUGCUAGAAUGACUCUUGCAAAAGCUUGUGAACUCUGCCCGGAAGAGGAACCAGAUGAUCCUGAUGCCCCAGAUGAACAUGAGUCUUCUCCACCUGAAGACGCCCCGCUGUAUCCCCAUUCACCUGGUUCCCAGUAUCAACAGAAUAACCACGUGCAUGGACAGCCGUACACAGGCCCGGCAGCGCAUCAUAUGAACAACCCUCAGCGAACUGGCCAGCGAGCACAAGAGAAUUACGAAGGCAGUGAAGAAGUUUCCCCACCUCAGACAAAAGAUUAGUGAAAUGCACAUAAUCAAUUAACUUGCUCCAUCAAGACUGUGCACCCAGGCCUUACAGUCCAACCUUUCUCUGUGUCUGGCUAAUAUUUAAAACUAGAAAAACAAUUCCUAAUCAACAUGGAGUGGAGAGUCUAUUCACUGUCUUAUCUGCAGAAAAUUGCUGUCAAUAUAUAACCCGCCUGCAGUGGAAAGUGUAUAGUGUUUUGUAAUAAAUGGCCUGAUGCUAAUGUGUAAAUGGCAAAGGUGUAUAUAGUAUAUUAAUGUUUGACUGUUAAUUCUUGAGCAAGAAACAUUUUUUUUGUCUUGAUGAGACUCACAGAUCUACAAAAACAAAAUAAUAAUUUCUUGAUAUAUCUGCUGCGCUCUGCAACCAGUGUUGCCUGCCUCAUGGCAGUCGGAUCAACCUUUACAAGAAAGCCUAUCCAUGUCAACCACAAAAAUAGUUUCAUGUUAAUUCUUUGCCACUGGAGUCGAUUUUACUAUGAGCAACGUAAUGGCUGGUAACCUUUUAAUUAUUUGGUUGAUGUGGAAAAUUGGUGAUGUAACAUUGUUUCUAGAUCUUUUUUCAUUGCCUUUUUCAUUCUGGUAUUAGGUUAAUCACUUUGAAGCUAUAGUUAUGCUGUAACAUUUAGCAUGGCUUCACACCAAGUUAGUGUAGCCAAUGAGAGGGGGAAAAAAAAAGUGACAGCAGUUGUCCCAAUGUGACAACUGUAGUGUUCAGAACUUUUUCUUCUUACACCUAGACUAAAAAAUGGGGAGGGAAAAUGUGACAAGUGGUUUUCAAUUUCACAUAUGUUCCUCACAUCUGAUGUUUGGCAAUUCUGUCUCUGGGUGGGAUAAAGAACACUUAGUUUUCAGUAAUAAGAAUUUAAAAGAUUUAAAACAAAUAUGCAAAAAUUUGUUAUGCCAGGAUGCCUGGAGCAUAAUAGACUGUAUUUGGUGUGCUUGUUUUGUUUCUUUGGUAGAGCUUGUUAGAUAAACUUCUAACACUUUCCUUCUACUGCAUCCCAGUGAAGUGGAAGUCAACAAAAUCACACAGUACUUGUGAGUGCCACUGCACCAAGUUAACUUCUUGCUGGUUUUCUGCUCGUUCACAGUUCUACUUGAAAGCGAGAAUUGUCUUUUAGCUCUUUAUCCAUUAUACAGGAAAUCUUAACAUUAGAAGCAGGGUUUAAUUAUAAAAGAAACUACUGGUUAGUCAAAUACAAUUCUGAGGUAUCUCUAUUCCAGAAUAAACAUUUGUUUAAAGACUUCAAGAAACGCAUCAGUAAAUACUGUAUUUAAAUGAAAAUUGGUAACUUGAAUGUGUGUAAUUUUUUUGGAACCUGUCUAAAAACCAAAUACCCCUGCAAAACAGAUACAGCCCACCCUAUACUAUUUAAAUAUUUUGCUGUUUUAUUUUAUAGAAAUUAUUUUGCUGAAUUCACAAAUAGAAUUUGAUUUAAGAAGAA